AAAAAAAAAACAAGAAAAACUUUGCACUGCAGAGCAGUGGUAGGAAGACCUGUAUGUACGUGUUAAGGUUAAUUGUUUUUAGAAGUUAGGUCUGAUUUCAUAUUUUGAAAAAAAAAAAAAGAAUGUUUAAUAGAAUGGCAAGCUUGUGGAUGGGUGAUCUGGAUCCAUACAUGGAUGAAAAUUUUAUAAAGCAAGCGUUUAGUACAAUGGGAGAGACAACAUAUGGCGUUAAAAUUAUUUGCCACAGAGUGACGGGUGGAUCUGCAGGGUAUUGCUUUGUGGAAUUAGCAGACGAAGCUGGUGUUGACCGAUGUGUACUUAGGCUCAACGGAAAGCUGGUUCCAGGGUCAAACCCACCAAGAAAGUUUAAGUUAAAUUAUGCUACCUAUGGGAAAAGGCCAGAUACAGGCCCUGAGUAUUCGGUUUUUGUUGGAGACCUCACCCCUGAAAUUGAUGACUUACAGCUCUAUGAAUUUUUUGUGAAGAAAUAUGCUUCUUGCAAAGGUGGCAAAGUGGUUACAGACCCUUUUGGAAAUUCCAGGGGCUAUGGGUUUGUUAAGUUCAGUGAUGAGAAUGAGCAGAAGGCAGCGAUGGAAGAGUGUCAAAAUGCAAAUGGACUUGGUGGAAAACCAAUCAGAAUAAGCAUAGCAAUUGCUAAAAGUAAUAAAACCAGUUAUCAACAAAAUCAAAAUUACAACUACUCCCAGUAUUACCAACAGUAUCAGAACUACUAUUCACAGUGGGGAUAUGACCCUUACAGCAGCUAUAACUAUGGAUAUGGACCCUAUGGCGCUGCAACGACAGCUCCAGGGAUGGCUCCUCCUACUACAACCAGUUCAGCUUCAACAGAGACCCAGGCUACAUCAGAGUUCCAGCAGUCAUUGGGGGCUACAGAAGAUACUGAUGAAGAGGCAGUUGAAGAUCCAGAUCCUCAACCUGAUAUUGACACAAUGAACAGACAAUUUAUGGAGAGAAGCGAAGAGCUGUAUGACUCCCUCAUGAACUGUCAUUGGCAGCCACUGGACAGUGUUACAUCUGAAAUCCCCACUGUGGCAAACUUUUAAGGGUACAGAGAAGACGAUCAGCCAAAGGGGACAGAUUUACAGAGCCUCCCCGCCCCCCAAAAGUAAAAAUUUGUUGUCACAGACCAUGCCUGUAAAUGUUACCUAAAAACAUUCACAAGUUCAUUUUUAUUGUUGAUCUUUUUUGUUUUCUAGGCUUAUUUCUUUGAACAGUCGCUCUUUGUUACAAGGUAAAAAAAAAAAAAAAAAAGGUUGUGGGAGGCACUACUGUACUACUUCUAGUGUGAAAAGUGGCCUUCACUAGAGCCAAAGUAAAAUCUGUAAAACAAAAAAGAUCAGCCAAAAAGGGUAACCUGAGGUAAUGUCUUAUCUCUCUCAAACCGAAGCCAUUAAAGCAACUUGGAAUGGGUGUAGAAUAUUAGUGAUCUUACCUAAUUUAUUUUUCUUUUUGUAUAAUGUACUGUUUAAAAGGUCAGUAUGAUAGGAUAACUUACAAGUAAAUGAUUUUUUCUUUUAUUUAAUGUUUGAAAUGUAUUUCUGUUUUAGUAGCAAGUUUACUCGCUGAUUCUGUUACAGCCCAUUCUUAAAGUGGUUGUACCUAACAAAAUAACUUCCAUUCGCUAUAUGGGUCGCAAAUGUGUAGUUUUGAAAGAAAUACUUUAAUUAUAUAUUUUUAGCGUCAUUUUAGAACAUGAUGUAUGUUACACUAGUUUAAAAUGUCUGUUUACAAGCAUUGCUUUCAGCUAGUUCUUCUUUCUUGUCAAUAACCAACCAGCUACUUCCUCUGUUGACCGUCAUGCUUUCCCACCUGAAAUAUACUUUGAUCUGGAAUCACAGGCUUCCAGGACCUCAAAGGUCUCUUCUUCCGAUGAAAGUAGCAAAAUCUACUUUUUCAUCUGAAGACGAGACCUUGAGCUCUUGAAAGCUUGUGAUUAAUUAUUGUUUAGUUAGUCCAAUAAAAGUUAUCACAUCUCCUUCUCUUCAGCUCUUUUGGUAAAAUCCCCUGGUAGCACACACAUUAUACUAAAAACCUGUUAGAGGCAGGGAUGCUGUUAAGCGCUCUGGUGAGCAAGCUUUUAUUUUUAAUUAAUUGUUAAAGUAAAACACUAAACAAAAUUGAUUGAUUCAUGCUGAAUCCUCCACAGUCCACCAGCUUAGGUAAUAUAAAUCUAAACAAAAGUAAUAUUUUGCUGGUAACUAUACAGCUACCAACCCUCUGUCCUUUCUGCUCUAACACCUGUCUGGCUUUCUCGGCUCCUUUUAUAGCCUUGCCUUUGCAGGUGAGUUUAGCCAAUUAACUAAUUAAUGUUUUCCUCCAAUCAGGACCUUAGCCUCGGUCACAUUCUCAGGAUGAUUUAAGUUUUCUCAACGGUUUCAUAAUUGUCUUAAUGUUCACCAGCAUAUAGUCAGGAAGGUUGUAUGUUAAUUUAAUAAAGAAAAGGGAGUAACCCUAUGCCUGCAAAUUUAAUAAAUACGUAAUAAUUUUUUUUUUU